AACGCCAACUUCAAACCUUUCAGCACCCAUAUCGCCAUAAACCGCAAUCAUGGGUAAAGGAAAGCCCCGUGGACUCAACGCCGCCCGCAAGCUGCAAAACCACCGUCGCGAGCAGCGCUGGGCCGAUCUCUCGUACAAGAAGCGGGCGCUGGGAACGGCAUUCAAGUCUUCACCCUUCGGAGGCUCAUCUCACGCCAAGGGAAUAGUUCUUGAGAAGGUCGGUGUCGAGGCCAAGCAGCCCAAUUCUGCGAUUCGGAAGUGUGUGCGUGUGCAAUUGAUUAAGAAUGGAAAGAAGGUUACUGCUUUCGUUCCCAACGAUGGUUGUCUCAACUUCGUAGACGAGAACGACGAGGUCCUGCUCGCUGGAUUCGGUCGUAAGGGCAAGGCGAAGGGUGAUAUCCCCGGUGUUCGAUUCAAGGUCGUCAAGGUCUCUGGUGUUGGUCUGUCUGCGCUGUGGAAGGAGAAGAAGGAGAAGCCUAGAUCGUAGAGGACAACGGCAUGGGGCAGAUGGAUUGAGAUUUGGGGGCACACGGGAAUGGUGUUACAUUUGCAGGGUGCAUGGCUCGUCAGAUAAGGGUCUAGCAUUUUCGAAAUGAUCGUGGAAUAAGAACAUUGGUCAUUGCCUACGAAAGGGUGCUUGUUUCGCGAAGUGCUGAUAGUGACGGGAGUUGAUAUGGCCCGAUGCUCGGUUGUGCACUAUCUUCCUUCAAAUCGAUCAUUUUGUCUGAACGGGCAUAUUUUGGAGGAGUCUCCGCCUGUGGGAUGUCAAGGGAAGACUAUUCGUUCCUAGAAUCUUUUUGCCCAUGUCCCAAGCCCAUUACCCCAGAAAGACAUUACUGCACGC